AUGGACGAGUGGGACCUCCCGCAGUGGAAGAAGGAGGUGGAGAGCCUCAAGUACCAGCUGGCCUACAAGCGGGAGCUCUCGUCCAAGACCAUCCCCGAGUUCGUCAAGUGGAUCGAGGACGGCAUCCCCGAGGACCCGUUUCUCAACCCGGAGCUGAUGAAAAACAACCCGUGGGUGGAGAAGGGAAAAUGCACCGUGCUCUGA